AUGACUCACUCUAUUCUUCUUUUAGUUCUCGCUCUUGUUACAAUGGUCAUGGCGAUUGACUAUCGUUUGGAUUUCAAACCGCGUAGUGGUCAAUCCCCUGAUCAAUUCUGCAUUCAGUGGAAUACUACUUGUUCCCAUGUUGUACAGCACCACAAUGCCAAUGCUCAAGCUCGCCAGAUUUGCGAACCCGUACCUACAAAAGGCAUUGCUCAUGCUUUUUGUAACGCUUUUUAUGAUAAUAAGGUCACGCAGUACGCUACCGAAGUCGAAAAUGCCAGAUCUCCACAGAUCAUUUUGAAAUUAGUCUUUUGCACUGGAAAAGAGUCGUUAAGGUUCAGAUAG